GAGAGCGGUGCAUGAAUGAGAGAUUGUGGUGAGAGGGGGCAACUUCCGAUGCAUCAGCUGAAGAAAUGGCGAGAGCACUGGCAGAAGGUGCCCAGGUGGUGCGGCCACGGCGGCACAGCAGCCAUCACACAUGGCCUCGCACACACGCCCCGCACGCAUUAUUCGCCCCACCCAGCUCGACUCCCAAGCUGCAGUGCAUGUGCCCGAGCUCCCCCUCCGAUUCCCCCACUUCGUGUUCCUUCCUCCGCUGACGUGAUUUGUUGCUCGGUGCUUCGGAGGAAUGUGUGCAUUUCACUUUGCAGCACCCCUUUCUUUUUGUUUUCAACUGGAUACUGUCUCGAGAUGGCAGGUGAUCUGAAGGGAUGGUGGAGACAGGAGAGAGCGGAAUUUGCUUUGCAAGAGCGUGAGUCAACUACUGCAUCUUUUUUUAUCCCCUCUCCUGUUGAAGGCAAGGACACCAAGGACCGGGAAGCUGUGAAACUGAUUGCCGAAGAAAAGCGUGCGAGGGCGAAGGCUUGUACUGAUGAGGGUAUGAAGGAGGGUUUGAAGGCGGCUUUUGUUGCAUGUCUUGCCACUGCCAUUCCAACGCUUACGGCUGUUCGGAUGGUUCCAUGGGUCAAGGCGAAUGUCAACUACACGGGACAAGCCCUGAUCAUCUCCGGAGCCACUAUAGCAACUUACUUUGUUGUGGCAGAGCAAACUAUCCUCGAAUGCUCUCGCAAGCAAAACGCAACUAAUCUUGAGAAGAGCCGGGCUGGAUUAUCAUAGACAAUCUGGUAACUACUUACUGUAGAUCAUUGAUGUUGAGGUAGAGUAUUAAUAAGAAGAAUAUUAAUAAGAAGAGCAAGUAAGCAGACCUUUACCUUCAAUUAUAAACAACGGCAGGCUGUCAAUGAGGACAUUUGUCACGAAUUCUGAUGCUUUUAGUGAAGGUGCACAUUUUCACUUAGCCGUAACCACAUUUUCAAGGUUAUUUGGUCAUGUUUAGAAUAUGUGUAUUCAUGCUUUAAUUUCAAUAAAUAUUCAGAACAGAUAUGACUGCAA